AUGCAGUCCCUUCCCGUCAACCACUUCCUCAGCCUCCAGCGCCCUGAUGUCUUCGUGCCCGCCGCGGCUGGCACGCCCGACAUGUCCACCCUCGCGGCCCACGACUUCGACGUCGACACACGCACGGGCUUCAUGCCCCCUCAGCCACCGAUCGCCCGUCUGCCCACCGCAUGGGAGCUCUGGGAGGCCACGCUCGACGACGCCAUCAGCAGCAAGCUCGAGCUCGCUGACAAACCCGGUCUUUCGCAAGAUGACGAAGAGCGUUCGGCGCGCUGGCGGACCUCGGUCCGUAAGCUACCCAUCCUCUCUACCGAGGCGAUCAAGACGUCAGAGAUCCUUCUCCGUCGCGCGCACUGCGUGCUCGCCUGGAUCAUGCACUUCUACGUGCACACCACCCCGGUCUCGGAGAUGAGCAUCCACAUCCCCGCCCCCGUCACGGUGCCGCUCCUCCAGGUCUGCGCCCAGCUCCAGCUCCCGCCUGUGCUCACGUACUCGGACGACGUGCUCUACAACUGGGCGUUCAAGACCGCGCCCGCGGCCGACGGCCACUUCGUGCCCAAGGACGAGCUCUACAACCUGCGCUGCAACACGCUCUUCACCGGCUCGCGCGACGAGGAGGAGUUCUACCUCUCCUCGGCCCGCAUCGAGCUCCGCGGCGUCGAGGCGCUCUCGCUCAUGCGCGUGAUCAUGGACGAGGCCUUCGUCAACGACGCGAUCGCCCACCGCCGCAUCACGUCGUACCUCACCGAGCUCGCAGGCGUCGUUCGCCACUGCCGGCAGCUGCUCGGCGCCGUCCGGGACGGGUGCGACCCCAGCGUGUUCUACAACGAGAUCCGCCCCUGGUUCCGCGGCUGCGACUCGGACACCCGCGGGCGCAGGUGGGUCUUCGACGGCCUCGAGCUCGACCCCACUCUGAAGGAGCCCACCGAGCUCUCGGGCCCGAGCGCCGGCCAGAGCUCGAUGAUCCACGCGCUCGACAUCUUCCUCGGCGUCGACCGCUACUCGCACUCGAACUUCAAGGCCGACCUCGCCGCCUCCUCCUCCGCCUCCUCCUCCGACUCGUCCUCCUCCGACUCCUCCGCGCCCUCGACCCCGCUGACCUCGGUCGGGGUCCUCGCGCCCCUCCCCGCGCCCGCGCCCGCGCCGGGCCCGACGCCGUUCCUGACGCGGAUGCAGAAGUACAUGCCGCGCCACCACCGCGCGUUCCUCCGGCACCUGCACGCGAACCCGCGCCCGCUGCGGCACCUCGUCGAGGCCGCGGACGACGACGCGCUCCGCGCGGCGUACGACGAGGCGGUGACCGCGCUCAAGGAGUUCCGCGACGAGCACGUGCGGAUCGUCGCGCUCUACAUCAUCAUCCCCGCGCGCCAGGCGCAGGGCGCGGCGCCGAAGGAGGCGGGCGUGCCCAAGGGCACCGGCGGCACGGACGCGUACCAGUUCGUGAAGGGCGUCCGCGACCAGACCGCGGGCGCGAUCCUGGGCCCGAAGACGGCGUGA